ACACACACGCCAUAGAUGGUGCAUAUGGCAUAUCCUAAACAAGAUACCAAACAAGCUGGUAGGUUAUCGUCAUUUCGAUCAGCUCAUCACAUGCAUGAAGAGGAUUGUGUUUGAAUCCAAAUCUAAGGACUCAUUUGAGAGAGAUUGGCACGAUUUCAUUGAAGAGUAUGACCUCCACAAUUCUAGGUGGCUAAAUGAUAUGUUUGCUGACCGACACAUGUGGGUGCCAGUAUUUUUCAAGGAUGAAUUCUGGGCUGGCAUGAGGAGCACACAGCGUAGUGAGAGUAUGCAUUCAGUUUUUGAUAAGUACUUAAACAGUAAGAGCUCUUUGUUGCAAUUUGUUCGCCAAUACCAAAACUGUGUUAUAGACAAGGAGCAAAAGGAGCUUGAGUGUGACGCUGCUGAUUUAAGGGGUAUUAUCCCUUGUGUUUCCAGCUCACCAAUAGAGAAGCAGUUCCAGAGAGAAUAUACAAACUCCAUGUUUCGAGACGUUCAGGAUCAAUUUAUAAAAAAGGCCGAUUGUGACAUCUCCUUAAUCAACCAUCAUGGCACAAGUAUAGUUUGUGAAGUUGACCAACAAAAGAUGGUGUUUGAUAUGUCAGUGUACAGCAGAUACCAAGUCGUGUAUUGCUCGCAAUCAUCAGAUGUUCAAUGUGAUUGCUUUAUGUUCCAAUCGAAUGGUAUUCUAUGCUGCCACAGUCUUGCUGUUCUUCUACAUUUUCGUGUGACAUCAGUGUCCUCACAAUACAUUCUAUCCCGAUGGAGUAAGAAUGUUAGUCGGAGACACACAUACAUCAGGAGUAGCAUUGACAUGGACCGUUCUGAUGAAAGCAUGACAAUUUUUAGGCAAUUGUGUUCUGAUUUUUACAACAUCGCUCAGAAUUUUGUGGCUACUCCAGAGGUUGCUGCUAUAUUGCGUGGUGCCAUGGACAGUGCUCGGGAGAAGCUCAGAGAACACAAGGAAUUCGAGCAUCAAGCUGCACAUGUACCAAGUGCGAUUUACUCACAUACGCAUGAUGAGUGUCCUGUUAGCAUGGAUGAGCUACAUGGCCCACGUCGUGUUCCUACGCGAGGUCGUCCAACUUCCACCAGACUUGGGGCAGAUCUGGAAAAAUCUAUUAAGAAGAGGGCACGCAAAAACAAGAACACUCACAAUCACAACAAGGGACCUAAUGGUAAUGCACAACCAUCUCCUACAAAUGUGGCAACUUCCUACAAAGAUACGCGACCGGCUUGUUCAGAAAUGACAGACAAUUUGGCUAUGCACUCUGGCUCCUUCAUAUCACUAUUGAAUUCAUUCCAUAACGCUGAACAAUUGUGAAGCAUUCUUGGAGGAUUCGAAGUUUAACAUCACUACAUAUCAUAAGCAUUAGAGUUUAACAACUACUUUGUACUUUGCCCAUGCUUCAACUUUAUUUCAACUUCAUUCUUUUACUCUUUGUUACCG